GCGUGACAAAACAUCGUAAGAAACCGUCACAUUCACGGACUAAAAGAAAAUCGCUUAUGAUUAUUCGGAUCCAGGAAGCACUUAGGAGAAAAUUAAACAACCUAAAACCCUUAUUUAGCGGCAAUGAAGAGCACUGUAUUUCAAAAGAGGUCAAAGGAAUGCUCUUGCAUCAAAGGGCAAAUCAUGCCGACCAAAAACAACAAUAACCGCAGAAAAUGCGUGUCAUGACCUCUCACUAUGAAAUAAGCAGCAAAAAUCACAUUUGCUCAGUCAAAACGUUUUCCUCAGAGGUAUAAUCUACCCGCUAGAGCCGGAAAAAAGUCAUUGGAACAAGCAGCAUUUUAGCACGAGGUAAAAGUCGUGUGUUGCCUACCUACGUCGUGUUUACUCUUGAAUGAUUUUUUUCAUUUAGUUUUUAUUCGUAUAUUUAUUUGAGAAGUAAAAUUUAGCUUUUAACCUGACUUAUUGUAAUAAUAAUAAAAUCGACACGAUGAUCCGCUAACUUGAGUCCAAGUCAUUCCUGUUUUUCUUUCGGGAUCAUUUGCGGUCGACUUUGGGGAUCACUUGCGGUCUCGGAUCAUUUGCGGUCCAUUUUGGGGAUCAUUUGCGGUCUCGGGAUCAUUUGCGGUUGGGGAUCAUUUGCGGUACUGUACAGUACUUCAUAGUGUAGCCAACAAGUUGCUUGAACACACCCCCGCUCAUCCAACAAUGUUGGGAGUUGUUGGCCAAAAAUGUGGUGUCCGGUUAAUUGCACGGGGCUCAAUUAAGUACUUGUCGGUAAAACUGCAGUUAAUACAGUAUUAACGGCAAUCACUAGCAAAGUACAUUAUGUUGUCGAGACUAAGACGACUUAAUCAAGGAAUUGUGCGUUAUCAAAUGCACUCUUAUCGUCAUCUCAUUUUUCAGUAUAUCAACACAACAGGAGCUCGAGUUUGUUUAAAAGAGUUGUACGAGUCAAAGUACGACCCUCUCUCAGUAUCAUAUACUGUCUUUUCAGGUAAGAACGAGUUAUGGAAUUGUCGUUCUAGUAACAUGUAGGUUUUACUGGUUACUCACAACUAAUUCAUUAUGAAUGCAUAAAGAGAUAACUUAUACGAUAGUCAUUUCAUUAAUAGAGGAAGGUGAUCAUUUUAAAUAUUAGUUCGCUGGAAGUACUUCAAUGUUUUUGCUACUGAUUAUCCCAUGUACAUAAUGCUCUCAAUUUGGCGUCGUCAGUUUUAUUUUCCUCUUUUCCUCCUGCUAAGCGUAUCGGCCGUAAAAGCAGUUUGGAUGAUUUUUGUGAAGCUACCUCGUCCCCAGUCGUUCGCGUUGCUUGCCUCCAUUUCUCGCGCUUCUCGAUUAUUCCGUUCUCCCUACUAAGCCUUAGGAAAGCCUGUGGACCAAAUGUGUGGGGAUUUCUAAACUGCACAGUCGUUUUAUAUCUUUAUCACAGAUAUUUGCCAGCCGAGAUGGAGUUAUUUUGGGGGCUACUGUUACUUCACAAGUCGUGCAUGCGCCUCGUGGCUGACCGCUGAGUCAAACUGUUCUACGAUGAGUUCCAAUUUGGUAACGGUUCACAAUCAAGAAGAAAAUGUCUACAUUCAACACGGUCACAACGGAGAGAGAUCUUGGAUUGGACUCAAUGACCGAAGUGUGGAGGGCUCCUUUGUGUGGACAAACAAAGAAAUAAGCAAAUUUAGGUUCUGGGCCCUACAGCAACCGAACGACUGGAAAAACGAAGACUGUGUUCACACUCUCGGCGCCAGGCAUGGUUACACUUGGAAUGAUGUGCCAUGUACUAACUGUUACAACUACACUUGUUUUAAAGGCAAUAAGCGUAGCACUAUAAAGAUUUAUAACCGUAUAUAUCUUAAUCUUCACGUUCCAGAGAGUGAAUCUACUGAAUUAAAACUACAUCAAAAAGGUCGAAACACAAUUACAGCAUGUUAGGCAGAUGGUGAGACAGAUUGCACGAAAAUGAAGAGAUGGUAACACCGAUCAGUUUCAUUGUUAGAAACAUAGGGAAACAAGUCGUAUACAUUUGCAUUAAAAAAAUGUCCAAUGACCGAAAAAUGGCCGCAAAAACAUGAAAUCGGCGUAAUCAAAAGAAGAACUAGACAGCGUUCAUACGUUGGAACCACGGGAAAAGUCGCGCUAACCUCCGCUUACCUUUUAACCCGGUUUUCUAAACACCUCUUUGCAAAUUAUUAACGAACAUGAGUACAUACGUUAACUCAGGGCACGCUUACGACCCUUUUUACAAGUUCCUUUUUUCAAACAUUUUUUUUUUCCCUUGCCAGUGUACGUCAAUUACCCAAAUACACCACAGUAUAUUCUUUUUAAACAAGCUUCAUUAACCAAAAAAGUCAUGUUGUUUGACAAGAAGCCUCUGUGUGCUUACUUUUUAGACUUGGAUGAAUGUACCACUGGUUCCCAUUCCUGUGACGUCAAUUCCGUAUGCCAGAAUACCGUGGGUUCAUACAAAUGCUCGUGUAAUGCUGGGUACACAGGAGAUGGAAAACCUUGCAAUGGUAUUUGAGAUACAGUUGAUCCUCCAUGUGCCACCACCUCUCCUAAGCGACCCAUAAGUCCACAUAGAGCUACACAUAUCGUAACCGUGAAAUCGCACACAAUAAAUUGUUUUUCAAAGAGACGACCUACUCUAAUUUGAAAGUUCUUAAACAAGACGACGAAACCAUUGAAGGUGCAAUGUUUGGCGCAAAAGCUCAACACUGUCAUGUCAGUUUGAAAAAAAGCCUAAAACCAUAUUUGUUAAAACAUAAAAACAACAAACAAACAAGGGAAAAAAAUGGAUGCAUUCACCUUAGCUACCAGAUGUAAACCAUCAGGUAGAUUUAAUAUUAGUUAUUCUAACGCUUUACUUAACUUACAAUUCUCAUGCAGAUAUCGACGAGUGUUCUACCAACUCUCACAGCUGUGACGUUAAUACGGUUUGCAGUAAUACUGUUGGAUCGUACGCAUGCGCAUGUAAAGCAGGAUUCACAGGCGAUGGAAAAACAUGCUCUGGUAAGCUGUUGCGGUGUUUUAAAAAAACGCUUCCAAACGAUGUGCGUGCCUGUGUUUUCUAUAUUCGAUCUUUACAUUUCAACAUGUAGAAAACGAUGGACAUAUAACCUCAAUAGUUCGAAAUAAUAAUUAAAGCGAAGCUAGAAAUACGUAUCUCGCAAAAUUUCACUAAACUCGUUCUUUCACAAUUGUCAAGCCCAGCCGGUUAGAAACUGAUUAGGUGACCAGGCUCUAAUCUGUUGUUAGACCUGGGACUCCUCUCUGUCUUCUUUUUUGUUUCAUUAUCCUAUUUGAUUUUCAUAUGCGUAUUUUAAAGCAUAUUUAGCACUUAACGGCUUAACCUCAAAACAAAGAUAGAUUUCAGGGAAGUUUAAAGGUAUUUUCUGUAAAACCCAAACUGAAACGCACGUCCGACAAACAUAUCCUGCGAGCUAAAGCACAGGGGGCCCACACAAUCUGUUUGUGUAGCCCAUUGUUAUUUUAUAGUAACUGUACUGGAUUUACCGUUUGCUUCACCUAUAGCGAUAUAUCGCUAACUAUGUAUAUAAAUCAAUGAUAAAUAAACGUUGAAUUACCUUGCCUGUGGUGUAUAGUCGUCCUUUUGCCUCAAAAGCGGUUUUUUGAGCGAUUUUGAAUGAAUUUGAGUUCGCCGUUGACUGUUCCAUAUAAUAGAAGGACUUCCAUUUUAUGGAACAGUCAACGGAGAACUCAAAUUCAUUCAAAAUCGCUCAAAAAAUGCAAUAGUAUUUGAGAUACAGUUGAUCCUCCAUGUGCGACCACCUCUCCUAAGCGACCCAUAAGUCGACAUAGAGCUACACAUAUCGUAACUUUGAAAUUGCACACAAUAAAUUGUUUUUCAAAGAGACAACCUACUCUAAUCUGAAGGUUCUUAAACAAGACGAUGAAACCAUUGAAGGUGCAAUGUUUGUGUGCAAAAGCUCAACACUGUCAUGUCAUUUUGGAAAAAAGCCUAAAAGCAUAUUUGUUAAAACAUGCAAACAACAAACAAACAAGAACCAAAAAAAUGGAUGCAUUCACCUUAGCUACCAGAUGUAAAACAUCAGGUAGAUUUAAUAUUAGUUAUUCUAACGCUUUACGUAACUUACAAUUCUCAUGCAGAUAUCAACGAGUGUUCUACCAACUCUCACAGCUGUGACGUUAAUGCGGUUUGCAGUAAUACUGUUGGAUCGUACGCAUGCGCAUGUAAAGCAGGAUUCACAGGCGAUGGAAAAACAUGCUCUGGUAAGCUGUUGCGGUGUUGUAAAAAAACGCUUCCAAACGAUGUGCGUGCCUGUGUUUUCUAUAUUCCAUCUUUACAUUUCAACAUGUAGAAAACGAUGGACAUAUAACCUCAAUAGUUCGAAAUAAUAAUUAAAGCGAAACUAGAAAUACGUAUCUCGCAAAAUUUCACUAAACUCGUUCUUUCACAAUUGUCAAGCCCAGCCGGUUAGAAACUGAUUAGGUGACCAGGCUCUAAUCUGUCGUUAGACCUGGGACUCCUCUCUGUCUUCUGUUUUGUUUCAUUAUCCUAUUUGAUUUUCAUAUGCGUAUUUUAAAGCAUAUUUAGCACUUAACGGCUUAACCUCAAAACAAAGAUAGAUUUCAGGGAAGUUUAAAGGUAUUUUCUGUAAAACCCAAACUGAAACGCACGUCCGACAAACAUAUCCUGCGAGCUAAAGCACAGGGGGCCCACACAAUCUGUUUGUGUAGCCCAUUGUUAUUUUAUAGUAACUGUACUGGAUUUACCGUUUGCUUCACCUAUAGCGAUAUAUCGCUAACUAUGUAUAUAAAUCAAUGAUUAAUGCUCUUAACCCAUAACCCCUUAGAUAAAGCAAGUAACUAGACCAGAAUUAUUAUGGGGAAAAAAGGGGUAAGGGAUGAAGUACUCCAAAUAUGGACAGCAGAUCACUUUUCUCUACAUAUUGGUGUAACAGUCCGAAAUCUACAAGGGGAGAGGUGAUAAUCCUCUCUAGGGAGUGAUAAUCCCCCAGGAU